UCCCCGGGAAGGCGAUUUGGCGCGGACUGCUCUGUUGUUGUGUUGACCUGUCGCCUACACGUUAAGAAUCUGUCACCGAGCAAACCGUGAAGACAGCGACUCAUGGCUCCGGUAUCGAACCCUGACAAAGACAUGGAGGUUCCGGACGGCGACGAUGGAGGAGAUGCCUGUGGUCUGGCCAGGUCUCGCUCCAGAAGAGAGAAGCGGGAGAAGGUGGGGAGGAAGUCUGCACUGGAGCAGCUCAAGAAAGCCAAGAAGGGGGAGAAGAUCAAAUAUGAGGUGGAAGAGAUUACCAGUGUAUAUGAAGAGGUGGAUGAGGCGCAGUACUCAAAAAUGGUACAAGAGAGGCAAGAGGAUGACUGGAUUAUUGAUGAUGAUGGAACAGGAUAUGUGGAGGAUGGACGAGAAAUCUUUGACGAUGAUUUAGACGAUGAUGCAUUAGAAAACAACAAAGGAAAAGGAGGCGCCAAAGGGGCGGUCAAACAGAAAGCUGUGAAGAAAUCAGUCGUAGCGAAGCCUAACACCAUCAAGAGCCUCUUCAUGAACAGUAAUGUCAAGAGGCCCGCUGAGAAAGAUGUUGACCUGUCCAAAGAUGACCUACUGGGAGAUAUCUUACAGGAUCUGCACUCCGAGAAGCCCACUCUUCUGACUCCUCCACCAGUGGUCACUCUAAAGAAAAAGAAGUCUCUUGGAUCACCCAUGAAUCCCUUCUCCAUCAAACCUCAGAUGCCGAAGGAGACACCUCCAGCUACAGGGUUGAAGGCCAAAGUGAUCCGGCCGCCGCCUUCAGACCCUGCUCCCAGGCCGCCAAUCCGUCCUCGUCCCUCCACAUCCGCUCCUCCUCUGGAAAAACCGAGGCCCAAGGUGGAGGAGGUGAAUGAAGAGGAAGUGAGUGAUGCUCUGGCAUUCGACGGGGUGGACUUUGAUGAACCGAUGGAGGUUGGCCUUGAGGAGGAGAAGCCUGAUUUGAAAGAUGAUGCAGAGCCAGAACCUAAAGCAGCAGCAGAAGUUAAAGUUGAGCCCAAAGAUGAGAAUCAGGAUCCAAUCCUCUUGUCCAGCAGAUUCGGAAGCUCUUGGGGACAAGAGGAGGAUAGUGCAGUCAGUGAAGCUCCUGCAGAGGUACAGGUGGACUCCAGCCGACUCCCGCUGGUGGAGGGAGCAGACGGGGAGCAGGUGUUCCGCUUCUAUUGGUUGGACGCCUUUGAAGACCCAUACAACCAACCAGGUGUGGUGUACCUGUUUGGAAAAGUGUGGAUUGAGUCAGCGAGGUCUCAUGUGAGCUGCUGCGUUUCUGUCAAGAACAUUGAGCGGUCCAUGUACCUGCUGCCUCGAGAAUAUAAAACAAACCCCAAGACAGGUGAAAUCUCAGACAUUCCUGUUGAGAUGAUGGAUGUCUACCAGGAGUUCAACGAGCUCUCUGAGAAGUUCAAGAUAAUGAAGUUUAAGUCUAAGAAAGUGGACAAGAACUAUGCUUUUGAAAUUCCUGAUGUGCCCAGUCAUUGCGAGUACCUGGAAGUCAGAUAUUCUGCUGAGUUCCCUACGCUGCCUUCUGACCUAAAGGGGGCGACCUUUUCCCACAUUUUUGGAACAAACACUUCCAGUCUGGAGCAUUUCCUCCUCAGCAGGAAGAUUAAAGGCCCUUGCUGGUUGGACAUCAAGACACCACAGCUGAUCGGCCAGCCGGUCAGCUGGUGUAAAGUGGAAGCUCUCGCGCUGAGGAGUGACUUGGUCACUGUGAUCAAAGACCUGCCACCUCCACCCAUCACCGUCAUGUCCAUCAACCUCAAGACUGUCCAGAACCCCAAGACACACCAAAAUGAGAUUGUAUCCCUAGCUGCACUUAUCCACUACGGGUUCCAUAUGGAUAAAGCUCCUCCUCAGCCUCCUUACCAGACUCACUUCUGUGUGAUCAGUAAACCAGCUGAUUGCAUCUUCCCUUAUGACUUCAAAGAGGCUGUGAGGAAGAAGAAUGGGAAGGUGGAAAUAGCUGGCACGGAGCGGACACUGCUCGGCUUCUUCCUGGCUAAGAUGCACAAGAUUGACCCUGAUGUGCUGGUGGGUCAUGACAUCUUUGGUUUUGACUUGGAAGUUCUUCUCCAACGGAUCAAUACCUGCAAGGUUCCUCACUGGUCUAAAAUUGGACGCCUGAGGAGAGUCAAUAUGCCCAAAUUAGGGGGUCGUGGUGCCUUUGCAGAGAAGAGCGCAACCUGUGGCCGCCUGGUGUGCGAUGUGGAGAUCUCAGCCAAGGAGCUGAUUCGCUGUAAAAGUUAUCAUCUGACUGAACUCACAGCACAGGUGCUAAAGAUGGAAAGAAUCACAGUCCCCCAGGAAGAUAUCAAAAAUCUCUACAGUGACUCUCCUCACCUCCUCUACCUGUUGGAGUUGACGUGGACCGAUGCCAAGCUGAUUCUCCAGAUGAUGUGCGAGCUCAACGUGCUGCCUCUCGCCCUGCAAAUCACCAACAUUGCUGGCAAUGUCAUGUCUCGUACUCUGAUGGGCGGCCGCUCUGAGAGGAAUGAGUUCCUGUUGCUGCAUGCCUUCCAUGACAAAAACUACAUUGUCCCUGACAAACCCUCCUUCAGAAAGACCCAGCAGGAGGUGGUUGAGGGAGAAGAUGAUGGGGAUGCAGGGAAAGGCAAGAGGAGGAAGAAAGCAGCCUAUGCUGGAGGUCUGGUGCUGGAUCCUAAAGUUGGUUUCUACGAUAAGUUUGUGCUGCUGCUUGACUUCAACAGCCUGUAUCCCUCAAUCAUUCAAGAGUUCAACAUCUGCUUCACCACUGUGCAGAGGGAGGCUUACAACGCACAGAAGAAGAGGGAGCAGGAGGACGAAGCAGAGGAGAUUCCCGAGAUUCCUGAUUCUGGUCUAGAAAUGGGAAUCCUGCCCAAGGAAAUCAGGAAGCUGGUGGAACGGCGUAAGCAGGUCAAACAGCUCAUGAAACAGCAGGACAUCAACCCGGAUCUCUACCUGCAGUACGACAUUCGUCAGAAGGCUCUGAAGCUGACUGCGAACAGUAUGUACGGAUGCCUGGGAUUCAGCUACAGCCGCUUCUACGCCAAGCCUCUUGCUGCCCUGGUCACACACAAGGGUAGAGAGAUUCUGAUGCACACCAAAGACAUGGUUCAGAAGAUGAAUCUGGAAGUCAUCUAUGGAGAUACUGACUCCAUCAUGAUCAACACCAACAGCAAGUCUCUGGAGGAGGUCUUCAAACUCGGCAAUAAGGUGAAGGCAGAGGUAAACAAGCUGUACAAACUGCUGGAGAUCGACAUUGACGGCGUGUUCAAGUCACUUUUACUGCUGAAGAAGAAGAAAUAUGCAGCCCUGGUAGUGGAGCAUCACGGGGAAGGGAGAUACAGCGUCAAGCAGGAGCUCAAAGGCUUGGACAUUGUCCGCAGAGAUUGGUGUGAUCUGGCCAAGGAAUGUGGCAACUAUGUGAUUGGUCAGAUUUUGUCUGACCAGAGUCGCGAUGUGAUUGUGGAGAACAUCCAGAAACACCUGGUGGAUGUGGGAGAGAAGGUAGCUGAUGGAGCCAUACCACUCAACAAGUAUGAGAUACACAAGGCACUGACAAAGGAUCCUCAGGACUAUCCAGAUAAGAAGAGUCUCCCUCAUGUCCACGUGGCUCUGUGGAUCAACUCUCAGGGUGGCCGUAGGGUCAAAGCUGGAGAUACAAUCUCUUACCUCAUCUGCAAGGACGGCUCAACGCUGGCAGCCAGUCAGAGAGCUUACGCUCUAGAGCAGCUUCAGAAGCAGGAGGGUCUCACUCUGGAUGCACAGUACUAUCUGGCCCAGCAGAUCCACCCUGUGGUGUCUCGCAUCUGUGACCCCAUCGAGGGCAUUGACGGUGUGCUCAUAGCCACAUGGCUGGGUCUGGACCCGAGUCAGUUCAGAGCUCAGCAACAGCACCAGAGGGAGGAGGAGGCUGAUGGCAUGCUGGGAGCACCCGUCCAGCUGACUGAUGAGGAGCGCUAUAAAGACUGUGAGAGGUUUACUUUCACCUGUCCUCAGUGUGGCACUGACAACAUCUACGACAGCGUCUUCGAAGGAGCUGGUCUGAAGUUGGAGCCCAGUUUGAUGCGAUGCUGUCACAUCCCCUGUGGAGGUUCCCCCCUUGACUAUUCCGUCAACAUCAGCAACAAACUUCAACUUGACAUCCGUCGUCACAUCAAAAAAUACUACUCU